GGGGUUGUAGCAUUAAGUGAGGAAGGGUACGGUGUGCGUAUCAGAGCCUCUUGUCCGACAGCGGGGCUGUUGGAGGGGGACCUUUUAGGUCAGGGGAGGCGAGCUGAAACCUUCUCGCUCAGGUUUCCCCGCACGGCUACGAUGGCUGCCGGAUGAUUAUAGGAAAAAGUACAGAGCGCAGGUCUGUGCGACUCCUUGGGGUUUGAUUGUGUGCAUUUCUAUGUAAGGACACAAGCAGUUGCUUCGACAUGAAUCUAGGACAACGUUGGGCCAGUCCUCCAAUCAAUAAGGCAGCCAGGGUUUGUAGAGUUUUGUGUGUAGAAUGCGCAGGCUGCUAGAUCAGCUGGCGAGAAGUGUGCCCAAACAGGCAGAAUAUUGAGGUAACAUCCAGUACACCCAGCCGCGGCAUGUUACACUUGUACGGUUCAUAUGGUAGUAUUUAAACUCUCUCACACGGUCUGGCAUGCCUUUAGUUUAUCACAUACCUCCAUCAUUAAAGUCACUUGCUGAAAUCUACAUCCAUGCCAUCAAUUUUGAACACCAACAGGAGGCAAGACCUAUAUGUUUAGCUUUCACUAAAGGAGAUUAAAGAAUGGACCCUCCCCUGUGCACUCAGCAGAGCAUACAUCAGCUUCACCAGCAGACAUGAUUUACCAGGGAAGAUGACCUGAGGAAGACAAAGAUGAGCAGCUUACACUCAGAAACAGGGGCAGACAACCAGAACAACACGUCCAGCAGUCCAGAGCAGGUCAAAGUCUGCUUCUAUAUUACCAUGCUCCUUUGGCCUUCACCCUACUGAAACCUCGAAAUGCCUCCACCCAAAAAACCUAAGAAUGGCCCCACGAGAUUUGAGCAGUUUCUCUCACAGGAGGAAAUACAGAAAAUGGAGGAGGCCGUGUCAGAGGUUUCAGCCCCAUCCUCACUGGGAGCAAGCAACACAAUGGGAAACGGCAGCAGCAACUGCAUUGAAGGCAGUGGGAGCAGGAAGAAGAGUAGCAGAGCAGACAGCAGUGAAAAGCGUGCUUCAUCAUCCUCACUGCUAUCAUCAGUGGUUGCAUCUUCAUCCUCUUCUGCUGUCAAAGGUGAAAGCUCUUCCAUGACCACCACUACCACCACCACCACAGCUUCAACAUCAUCACUGCUGUCAUCAGUGGUUGCUGCCGCAUCCUCCUCUGCUGUUAAACAUGAGGGCACUGCCAUCUUCACAUCCAGCACCACCACCACAGGCAACUCUUCCGGCUCCAGAAGUGUGUCAGUGGUUGGGUCAGGUUUGGUUACUGCUGAGUCGGAAGCCAGUGAUGGACCAAGCGGUCGAGGUCUGCUGCGAGAACUCUUUUCCAAGAGUGACCCUGACCUCACCCACAGUGAAAUUCACACUUCUUUGCCUGCUUUAGAUCCUGAUGUUCCCUCACCAGCGAAGCAAAGUCGAAUUGGCAGCGGCAAAGGCCGUCGAUUCAGAGUUACUGCUGCCACUGAACCGAGUGGUGCUAAGCCUGAUGAUGGUGUUGGUGGUAGGGGAGAUCACAGACAGCCAAAGGACAAUGCUGACGCAGGUCAGCCUAGCUCUUAUACCUCAGGGGCCUCCAUUGACACUUUCCUCUUUGAUGAACAAAGAAUAAGUGGCAGUGGAAAUGGCAGCAGUGGUUCUGCACCAGCCACAGAGACGGCUGUGCCCCGAAAAGAUCUCUUGGAGCAUACAUACCUCACCUCUUUGAUUAAAGAGUCCCCGCCCUCUUCAGGGGCUGUUGCCACAGCAUAUUUAGAUCGUGCGGGGGCUUCAACUUCAGGGAAGAUGUUGCGUGGCCUGAUAGGACAGGGUGAUGCACAUGUGUCGGCACCAUCCACUUUUAUCCACGCAGCUCUACAGCUACCUCUUAUGGACACAAGUACCUCAGGGCACUCAGUUUCACGCCCAAACCAUACCUCGAUGUUAAGCUUCUUACCGGGUCAAGGCACACAUCCUCACCAUCCCUCAAUCCCUAAUCCUCCUCUGCCUCGGUGUUGUGGGUCUUCUUCGCUACCUCUUGUUAACACUAACUCAACCUCUGUGACCUCAUUUUCUUCUUCUCACACCCUCUCGCUGUCCCACACCUCUUCAGUGCAAGGAUCAGGCAGUGAGCCCUUUGACCUCUCUUUCAAGAAACCUCAUUCUCUCUGUCACAGCAGCAAUGCUGCUGAGAUCAGGAAUAGCAGCAGCAGCAGUAGCUGUAGCAGCAGCAAUAACAGCGCCGGCAGUGACAAGACCACAGACCUCGCUCCUCGUCCAGGCAGCACUGGCGACUCUGCUUCCUCCUCUUUUUCUCCCCGCACUAGCAACAGCAACAACAACAAUGCAGGUAACAACAAUACCUCCAGCUCCCCGUCAAAGGGAGGACGCAGCACUCCCUCCUGUAGGGGAGAUAUCAACGGGUCACCAACAACCACUGGGCUGAGCUUAACCCAAUCACCUCAAUUUAUGGACGUACAGGCCAGCCAGAUGAGCACUUCACCUCACACACAGCACUACCUUCCAGAGAGCAGCCCCAUCACCAGCAUGAGUGCUGCUGCAGCAACCCCAACCAGACCUGCAACAGCAGCUGCCACUCAAAAAUCAUUUUCUGCUGCCAGCAAGUCUGCUGCUCAUGACACCGCUCAGAACAUCUCAAGAGACCUGUCUGACUUCGAGUGCUCCCACAGUGAGGGCCUUGGACAGGACCGCCUGGCGUCAGGAGUGUCGGGUCCCAGCCCAGGGGUUGGUCCUGGGUCUGGAGGAUUGGGCACAGGAGCCCCUGGCAUGCCCAGCCAGUCCCUGAUGAGUGGCUCUGGGCAUCUGCAGGCUCCCACCUCCACCACACCUGAUGGAGGAGUUGGGACGGGGAUGCAUCCAAACUUUUUGUCCAUGGAACCUCAUCCUUCAGCCAUGGGGCCUGGAGACAUUAGCAUAAAGCAGGAGAUUUCAGCAGGGAGCAGCACAACCGCUAAGUUGUGUCAAGUUUGUAACGAUAAUGCCUCGGGCUUUCACUAUGGUGUUUGGUCCUGUGAAGGAUGUAAGGCCUUCUUCAAGCGUUCAAUACAAGGUCCAGUUGACUACAUGUGCCCAGCAACAAACAACUGCACUAUAGACAAACACCGGCGAAAGAGCUGCCAGGCAUGUCGACUACGCAAAUGUUAUGAAGUUGGUAUGAAUAAAGGCAGCCAGCGAAAAGAGAGAAAACACAGUGGCGGAGGAGGUGGCGGCAAGGGAAGGCGCUGUAGAGCUGAUUCUACGGAUGCAUCUGUCAACUCAACAAUUGGAGGGGGUGCCUCUGCCUCUAAAAUGGCCAGGCGAGCACGAUGUGCAUACAUUCUUGAAGCACUACAGAAGGCUGACCUACCAGUUUUAGAAAGCUUUCACAAUCAUGAAGCUGCACCCACUAGAGUGCAUAUUCUUAACACUCUGAUCAAGCUGGCUGAUCGCGAGCUUGUUUAUCUUAUCAACUGGGCAAAGCAUGUGCCAGGUUACACAGAUCUUUCGCUAAGUGAUCAGGUGCAUUUGAUUGAGUGCUGCUGGAUGGAGCUGUUGCUGCUUAACUGUGCCUUCCGCUCCAUGGACCAUGAAGGCAAGCGCCUAGUCUUUGCGCCAGAUUUCCACCUGGACAGGCCACUUUGGAAUGUGACGGGAAUGACAGAGAUUUUGGAGCAGGUAGGGGCAGUGUCUGAGCAGAUGGUGCAAUAUUCUGUCAGCAAAGAGGAGUUGCUUCUGCUGCAGGCCACUGUCCUUGUGAACGCAGAGGUGCGUCGCUUAGCCAGCUACAGCAAAAUAGGAGAGAUGCAACAGAUGAUUGUAGAUGCCCUGAUGGACAUUGCACAGCGCACACACCCAGAAAAUCCUCGUCAUGUCCCCUCCCUCAUUCUCCUCCUUACCCACAUUCGUCAGGCAGGAGAGCGCGGCAUUGCUUACUUCCAGUCACUGAAGCGUGAAGGUUGUGUCACUUUCUGUGACUUGCUCACAGAGAUGCUUGAUGCACACAAUUCAGCUGCAGCAGCUGCAGCCUCAGCUGCUGCAACAACAUCAGCUGUCACUGCCACUGUGACGAUGCCAUCUACAUCUUCAGUGGGUGUGGAUCAGAAAAACAUAUCCCCUCAGCAACUAGCCAUGGGUGGGACCCUCAUCACCAAACGUGGUAGCCAAGAAGACAACAUGAAUCCAUAUGUGUAGACUUUAGACUGCAAGGCUGGGGCAAACUGCAGACAAAAGAAAGGCUCUACAAGAUCAACAACUGUGGCAGUGAGCACUACAGAAAGCAUUGCACUAUUUGUCAGUCCAAAGAAAGUUCCAAAGCUAUUUCCACAGUUACAGAGUUUUGAAGGAAUCCAAAAUACAGGACAAAUACAGGUGCUUAAUUUUGUGCAGAAAAAGAUGCAAGAUUCUUUGUUUUCUUAUUAUCUUUAAGGAAGUGGCUUUUACCAUCAGUGCACAAAUUGGUGGGAUUUCAAGUAGGUGGGAUUUUCAUUUGUGAUCUUUCUUCCUCUCAUCAUUUGUUUUUCUUUUCCAUGUCUGUUUUGACAUUGUUAUAAGUAAUAAUUUUCAGUCACUUUCUUCAUCAGUUUCUUACUUGGAAGGUUUUGAGAGCUUCAGUGAAACAUUUAACUAUUGGAGAGUGGUUUUAAAAAAUAUUACAAAUAUUUAAUACAAUUUUUUUAUUGCUUACUGCAUUUGUUUAAAUUAUUUUUAUUUUAAUGGUAAAAUUAAAUGUUGGUAGAUCUUAAUCUGUUAAAUAUUGUAGGUUCCUCAUGAUGUUGUUAAGUAUUGAGUAGAUCGUGUCAAAACCUUACAUUUUUAAAGUAUGAUAAAUCUGAACCAAAAUCAAGCACACCACCAGCUACUUUGGAGAUGAAGGAGAGACAGCCACCUUCAUUAAAUUGAGCCAUUCCAGCAUAUGAAAUAUGAAAGUUUGCCCCAGCAAGAGAUUAUACCUCUGCUUUGUAGAUCCGCGGUUGUGACACUUGACCCAUUUUGGCAACAUUGUCGCAGCCCACUGACUUUGCUAAUGCCAUUCCGAUUCCUAGGGCAACGACACCAUGAAUAUUGUUCUCACAAAUCUGUGACGACAGGAAGCACUGUGACCUGAGGUUUUCAGGAUUAUGUCUGCAGACUGGACUCUUACAGUAGUAGAAAGCACAUUAUGUUUUUGGACCUUGUGUGUGAAGCAGAGCUGUGUUUAGAUGUCGACAGUGGACAGCGUGCACAGUUUUUGUAGACUGAGGCAGUGGUGAGAGAAAAAGAUAUGAUUUUUCUGUAAAGUAUGUGUGCCAUUCUUGGAGAAAAAAAAUUUAAAGUACCAGCUGCAAAUUUGCAGCCAUGGUUUUGUUGUAGUUGAUUUUGUACCAAGGCUUUUAACAAUUCAUGCAUGAAACAGAUUGAAGAUCAGUUGUUUAGCAUUUUUUCAUGUUAACAUUCUUGGUAAGAUGUUUACAGGAGUUCAUUAAGCUCUAUUUCUUCACAAAGGGUCAUGGUCUUUUUUACUGCGUAGUCAUUUUUUCGGAUUCAUCUUGCCCUUGACAUUUUUUAUGACUGUGUUGUUGCUUCAGAUUAUACUUGUUACAAUUUUUUAGUCAUGUUUGAAAUGAAAUAUUGUUUUUCUUUUGACAUAUUUGAUCCUUAUUUUUUCCAAUUGUAUGUUACAAUUUUUUAAUAGUAGAUUUGUCUUUCACAAGGAGGCAUUUUAUUUCUGUUCAGCCCUGGAAGGCUGACAGCAGCAAACCUUUGUAGGUUGUCUUUUUGCUAGUAAGCAACAGUUCUGAAGAUCUGUUCACCUUAAAUUUGUUGUUAUAGUGGAGUCAAAAUAAUAGCUGUGUGUUGAAGAUGGAAAUUCAAGAAUCAGUACAAGUUUGAUGCAUCUACAUUUGCAAUUUGAUUGGUCAGAUAUCUUUACAGUUUGAGUUGUUAGAGUUACAUGUUAUAAAGAGGGGUGCUUCUGAGUAAGGUCGAUAAAGAAGAAAAAGAAAUAAAGUUUGAAUUUAAGAAAAGUAGACUGUUAAAACCUCUCAUGUUUUCAAAAAAAUAAUAGUUUGGGGAAAUAUAUUUUUUAUAUUGAAAUAAAAUUUGUAUUUUGUCAUUUUUAAGUGAUGUGUGAAUUUGUAGUCCCAGGUAUGACAUGGAAUGCCAAAAUUGCUUUCAACAAGUGACAGCUGAACUUUUAAUCGAUAUUUACAUGGCUUCAAAAACAAUUUCGGUAGAUUUCCGUGCAUGACUAAAAGUAUACCAAGUGCUUGUCUCUUAUAUAUCAAACUAUGUUAUGCUACACAAGAGCUGGAUUGGCAGCCAUGUUGUCUAUUGUAUUUCUGUAAUGAGUGUUUUGCACAUUCCAGGAUUGCUGUAAAUGAAGGGGUUACUUGCCUCAGAUCAUGGGAAAACACGUGCUUUCUCCUGUAGGAGAUACAGGCAUGUUGGUAUACUUCUGAAAACAAAUUGUGUAGACAGCACCUGUGAAAAAGUAUAAACUUCCUAAUGCUGCAAGGUAUUCUUGCAUAGGGACAUCUUGAGAUGUCAUAUUUUGGGAAUUUAUGGUCACUUGCACAGUAGUUCAGUAGAAAUGAGUUUUGUGUUUACAAAAAUGUAAAGACUGUUUCUGAGGCUACUAAAUCUAAAGAGACAAGUGCUGUAGCUUUUAUCCAUUCGCAGUAACUCUCUAUGUCAAUUUUUGUUAAAUACAAGUCCACAUUUUGAAAAUUGUGAGCUGAAUAGGCCUUAAAAUCUUAAAAACUUUACAUGGUAUCUCAUUUUUUACAGCUAUCAUGAAAAAUAUUUUUUCCUUUCUAUUUUUGACAUUUUAAAUGCAGUAUGAAAUGUUUAACAUCCCUCCAACGGGAAAUUAGUUUGUUUUGUUUUUUUUUAAACACGAGCAUGCAUAGAAAUCAGAUAUUUCAUCAGAGAUAAAUCAUCUCUCACCUUUCACUUCCUGAACACACUACUUUUCUGGUUUCCACCAUGUUUGAAUAUCUUAACAGAACAAUGUGUUAGUAGUCAGUGUUGUUUUCCUGCUUCUGCUGAUGAGUUAAGAUGAUUUUUUUUUUUUUAGUGGAAGGGGGUUUUGUAGUUAGGAUGAUACUAUUCUUCAGACAAGAUGUAUGUUAAUACAGUCAUUGCGGAAUAGAUAGGACUGCUUGGGCAUGUAAACUGCAGCAUCAUGUGUCAUGCACUGACGUUCUCCAGUAUUGGUUUGAAAUACAUUGGACACUGCCUGAAUAGAAUGUGGAUGCAUCAUUAGGAAAAUGCUAUGCAGAAAGGUUACUCCCUGUCAUGCUCACAUACCUCUAGUCUGAUAGCACCCUGUCUUAUUUGGCUGCAGGAGGAAUUCACAUACAGCAGAUAUGCCCAGAAAUUCUCCUGUGCAUAUAGUUUCUUCUUCCUUUGUCCCUCUCCCACCCCCAACUUGCCAUGAUACAGCCUAUGUUGCUGGCAUGUUGUCAAACACCUACAACAAACCAUCCCCUCCCCACUUGUUGACAUAGGCUAUGAACUGAUGUACCUAAAUUUACAACCCUGAUAACAUGGCAUUCAAGGUUUGUUGAAUGUAUAUAGUCAUUGAAUCUGUAACAGCAUUGGUUUUACAUUGUCAUUUUGUUUUUCCACCACUUAUGUCUGUUACUUGUACAGCGAACCAAAAGCUGGUGCUAUUCUUUUCAUUGUCUGAAAUUUACAUAAUUUAAGAAGCAUAUCCUGCCAUGAGAUUUUUUUUUUCCUAAGCAUACACUUGUUGAUGAAGGCUUUAAAUAGAAAUCAACUCACAACGCACAGUAAAUUAUGUGACAUUUUUUCCUGUAAGGUUUGUCGGUGAUAGAACAUAGUGAAGCACCAACAUGUGAUAAAGAGGCCUGAAAAUUGCAUACACUUACCUUUUUAAGCUUUCAGUCUCAUUUUUAAGUUUGAUAAAGGCCUGGAACUUCUUGAGGGCAUAAACCAGUGGCAAACAGUUUGAGAAUGGGGUGGGAAAAUAUAUAUACACACACACAUAUGCUACUACACAAGGAUUAAGGUAUUUUGAAUUUAAAAAACUAUUUUAAAACUUCCAUUAAGUGCACCUAUCAGCCCCAACCGAAAUCUUCCUGGGAUCUUUGGUUUCUUAUGCAUAUCAUUUAGCAAAAUUGAAAUAAAAUAAUUUGUAAAUGGUUUCCUUUUGGUCAAAGCAGAUCAUUUGAAAGGUAGAAGUGAAGUUAAAGAUUAGACAAAUGUUCAAAAUAAAAUAAUUUAAAGAAAAUUCAAUCCAUGUACGCAUUUAUGGCCUUCAUGGUUUUCUUUUUUCAUUUAGUUUUAUUUGCCAAAUUUUAAAAACCUACAUAAUGUAAUGCAAACAAGACAUGUCUUUAAACAGGCUGUCAGCAAUUCAAUCAUCAACAGUAAAGUUUUGCUACAUCUAAAUGUUCAUUAUUAUUAUUAUCAUCUUUGCUCACAUACACCUCUUGACAUCUUUCUGCUGAUUUGUACAGAGCUUUGUUUUUUAAAUCUAAGUUCCAUACAAGAGUUUACAAGCUUGUCAAUGAUUGAUGCAGACUAGGCUGUCUCUUAAAACCUUUUUCCUAUGCCCCUUCCCCCUCAAACAAAAUGCGGCUGAUUUCUGAAAUAAUUUUUUUUAUCACUAUAAUUUUUUUCUUGUUUAACUUUGUAUAGCUCAGGAAAGGGAGAAAAACAAGUCAAACAAACUAAAGUCAAUAUAUUUUGAAAAGAGAAUUGCCAUUUUGCAUAUUGCACACUUAUUUUAAGAUAUCCAGAGCCUGGUGAAAAACUGCACUGAGAUUUUGCUUUUACUUUAUGUCUGUUUUAGAUGUCUUAAUUUUAUGUCAUUUGUGCAAGCGUUCUUUUUGGCUAGACUAAAUUCAUUUCAUGAAUUUUUAAUAGGGAGGGUUGUAGCUGUUUGCUUUUGGCUUUUGCUGUGAAUUUGGAGGGUUAGUGUUGGUGUUAACAAUAGUCAGUCAUUCACAGUGUGCAUAUGUGUGUGCUUUUGUAGUUGCAUGUGCAUACAAGGUAUGCUGUGAACAUGUGGAUAUGAGUUUAGAUGACCAGUUUUGUAGCUAAAAGGAACUCCUAACUUUUUAAUAAAUUAACAAUGUAAUUUUAUGAGGAAGAUAAAUGAGGUGGAGAAAAAAAUCCUGAACCACUGUGUGCUGCUUUAAAUUAGUAUGCUGCACCUUUCUUAUGAAUAAGCAAGGACUGUGAUGGUGCUUCAAAAAUGGCAGUGCCAAGUGUCUUCAGUGUCCUGGAAGUUAUCCCACUUUUUAAAAUUAAUGUCUUAUUUUUGUUAAUAUCAUGCAUCAAAAUGCUGAGGAUUUUUAAAAAUCAUCCUUCAGAGCAUUUUGUCUUCAGCAUUUUUUACCACAGCUGAAAAAAGUAAUAUGAGUGAUUUAUUUCCUUCUAUAUGAGAAAAGUUUGUUGAUUCUUUAGAUAAUUAGGUAUGAAUGUCCCUUCUCUUCUUCCCAGAAUGUGAUGGUUACAAGUUAUAAAAAUAAUCUUACAGUUAUUGCUUUAAUUUUUUUUUUUUUUUUUUUUUUAAGUUGAAGUUUGAGUUGGAGAUGUUGAAGUCCUGGAACUUUUGGUUGACUUGACUGUUAGAGUGGUUUCUAAGUAUGUCAGUAAUGAAAUAUUUUACAGUUAGACUCAUUUGAUUUUAGAGUUCCAAGUCAGUACCAUAAAGUUGUGUUUAAUGUCACUUGUACAGAUAAUGGUCAUCAGUUGUAUAUACAUCAGAUACACUUUGCAUCAAAGAGAUAUAUAGAUCCAUAAUUCUGAUGACACAAAAAAAAAGCCUGGAAAUUGUUUAGACUUGUCAUGAUGUACUUGCCUGGCAACCAAUUUCUGCAUUUUAGCUUUAGACAUUUUAUUAAAAUUUAAUGUUUAUUUAGUGCCUGCAAUCUAACAUGUUAACUGCAAACCAAGAAUCUAAUUAUUAUAAUUUUUUGACCAGUACCAGAGUUUCAAAAUGUUGAUAGUAGCAUCAGAAUUCUUCACCUUUUGCAUCUUGUUUUUUUCUUUUUUUAAAUGUUCCCAUCAAUUUCUUAAAAUGUAACACUUGAUUGUGAGAAGUGCCAAUAUACCUUUGUAAGUUCUGAUCUUCCACUUACUUGCUUUAAUCAUGAAAGUGGUGUGAUAUGCUUUGUUUUUUGUUAGAAAGGUGGGACUUUUAACAGAUGUUUAAGAUCUGGGGGUUUUUGUGGAGUGGAUUCUGUUUAGAGUUAUAUAUGCUAAUUAGUACUGCAUGGUGAUAUUUAGACCAUUUUACACUCUUUUUUCUUUUUUUUUUUUUUUGUCAUAACUGUUUAUUUUUGUCUUUAGCAUGACUGGCAGAGUUAGAAUGGGAACAGUAAGAAAAAAUGAGGCCCGAACGAGAAGGUGGUGGAGUGGAAACUUAUUAUUCAGAAUCUUUUCUUUAAGUUUGGUAAUUUUUCAGUAGCAAUAAAUUUAUUUUAUCAGAAAUCAUGCCAUAAUCUGCACAUGCAGUUUCACAUUGGUAACAAAAAAAAAAUUACAGCAUGUCUUCAUUUCUAUGUGACUGAGACAGGACUGGACACUAAAAAUAUUUUCAAUCAAAUUUUCUGUGUGUGUGUGUGUUAAGACAUUGUUUACCAUAGAGAAUUUGCAGCACUUCUCAAGCCAGGUUUACAUGAUUUGCUUGCACAUGUAACAGAAUCAUUUUCAUAAAUAAGUGUGGAAAUUAAUUAUGAAAAAGAAUUUUUACAAGCUUUAUGACAUACAUCUUGCAAAUUUUCAUCCACACAGUAUCUUCUUUACAUAUACUACAGUCUUUUAUUUUUUUAAUACUUUUUAAAUGAUAAUUGAGAAGGUGAAGACAAGUGAGAAAGGUUGCCUUAGAGUGUUCUUAGUCAGCAUGCUAUUUACAGUUUUUGUUGUUGAUAGGUUGUUGAAUGUGCAUGUUUGGGUUUACUUCCACACGUAUCUUUCAGCAUGUUUUGUUUUGAGUUUACAGAAUUGAGGCAGUAGGUGGUUAUAUUAAUAAGUUCUUAUAAUGUAACAAGUGUUAAUUAGACUGGUAAGUUGAUAUAAUUUAUAAGUGGAGACAAUUUGUACAAUAUUUUUGUAUUUUUAUUUGACUUUAUUAUCUUAGAAAAAGUUGGUUGUUAUGCAAGCAGUGAACAGUCAAGAAUGCAAUCAUUGACCAUAUAAAUACCAUGCUCUUAGUUAAGGUUUUAAUCAAAUUUCACAAAGUCCUGAAAGAAAGUGAAAUGUUUUAUUUUGAGGAUGUGUAUUAUGACUCUUCUUAUGUGUUACAAAGUAGUUUAGUCCCAAAUAAAGAAAAAUAUGUCACAAUCUCCUUUUACUUUAUAACCAGCAAGCUUUCAUCUUUUGACCACUAUUAUUUUUUCAAUUUUUUUUUUCUCUUUGGGUAGAAUGGCAAUGAGAGGAAAUAUGUUUACAAAUUAUUGAUGUUUAAUUUCUUGAGUGUAAAAUAUUUUAAAACCUGGUCUCCAGAAGGUUAGGAUAAUACCACUUCAAAUGAAGUCAUCAUGGGACUGGUGUUCUAAGCUUUUUUUUCUGGAGAGAAAGAUAAGCCUUGGCAGACAUUUAAGUUUUUUUUUUAAGUGGAGCUGGUACUGCUCAGGUUUUAAUUCCUUGCAGUUAAAGCAUCAGUUGUUUCUGAUUUAUUCUUUGAUGGUAAAGAAUUUUAAAAUCCUGCCUCACAAGGUUCGGACAAGACUGCAAAUAAUCAAGUCAUCAAAUGUUAAUGCAACAACAUUCACACAGAGCAGACUAUUGUUAGGAGUAGAACAACCUUAUGUACUUUUAGAAUCUUUUCGUCUAGCAGAUAACUGUUGGUGAUUUUCAUUACUUUUAAUGUCCCAUUCAAACUUUCUCCUUUCCAGAAUUGUAUAGGUUUCUUGGUCAAAUGUUUACCUGAGAGCAGCAACAGUGAAAAAAAAAAAACCCUUCACCUACUGUCGUCUUCACAGUCUUCAGUUAUUAGCCAUCUUUGUAAUACUUAUACUUUUAUGCAGUGCUUAGAGGGUUCAAAGAUAGCUGUCAUGUUUAAAGAGUCCAAGGCAAAAACUGUUCUGGUUCUAUUUAUAAUUUGCUGUUUUCUUUUUUCUAUGUAGAUAUAUAAGUACAAUGUGACAUGUUUAGAUUUAUUUGGCCAGAUAAAAUGACAAAAUAUCUUCCACUUCUGAGUGAUGUCUGAAACUUUUAAAUAUCUUUAAGAGAAAAAUGGUUGUUCACAUUGAAGGCAGUCAGGUCAACCGAUUUAUAUGAAUAGUUCCAAAAUAUUCUUUGUUGUAUACCUAGUUUAUGUAAACAUGCUAAAAACUAAUGUAACUUAAGUUAUAGCAAGAUUGAGAUUUUCCCUUCUGAUCCAACAGUUUACUCUCAGACCAAUCAUACUAUCAACAUGGAUAUGAUGUCAGUGCCACAUCCUUAGGGCUAAAUUUAGUCAUUGUGCAGCAGUGUAAGCCCUGUAAGGUUACAAAAGAUGCACAUGAAACAUUAAAUAUAAACAAAAAUAAUCACAUAUAGUUGUUGAAAGUAGUUUAAAAAGAUUCUUUUAGCCAUUGCAGAAACAGUGACUUAUAUAUUAAUGCAGAAAGUGUUUAUGUGUAUGCAUUUUUAAUUAUAAACACAGCUUUUAAAAUAAGAGACUGUCUCAUAAAGUAAAAAUCUUAAUCUUCUCAUUUUCUUUUAGUUUUAUGGGACAGUAGACUCGAACACUGUGUACUACUUGUUUGUAGCUCUGUCACAAAGAAUUAUGAGUCCUGUCCACUGCAUGGACUGUUUGUUGUUGGGUUUUUUAAAUUAUCAUUGUUGCUUUUCAAAGUUCCCAUUACUUGCUCAGCCACAGUGUAGAUUUUUUUUAAGCAUGUCUGAGCAGACAGUAGAAAGUUAAUAAAAGGACCUGGUAUAGAUGUUUAGUUAAAUGCAAAAAUUAUUUUAAGUGUCAGGUUUAGGCUGACUCGAAAGAUUUUUUUCAAAUCCAUCCAUAAGUUAUGCAAUAACACAUAAAAUCUGUUGUUGCUUUUAAAAUAAAUUCUAAAAGGAGGGAGGAAUCACUUUGCUAGCAGUACUUUGCAUUUGCAUGAUAUAGUUCAUGAUGGUGCCAGAAAUUAGAGUUUAUUGUGGACCUUUCAGCAUUGUAAAUGAAUGGUGAUCAAUAUUUAUACUUGCCCAUUCACCCACAACUGUGCAUGUUCAUGUAAAUGAAAAACUACAAAAAUCAUCUUUGCCAUUUUACCAUUCACCUAAAUCAGGCAUCUAAUCUGUGCUUAUUCUGCCCUUGAGAAAAUAAAAGCUUGCUGAAGCGCCA